CCAGGGAAUUCCCUAAGGUAUUAUUAUUCCCAUCUUACAAAUCAGGCUCGGAGAAGUCAAGUAACAUGUUGGGAGGAGAACUGAACUUGAAUGCGCUUCCCACUAUACCUGCGAGCAUCAUUCCCAGGACCUCUUCAGGGCCAUGUGUUAAUGCGUUCUAAAUUACAACUUUAAUAAAGCUCUGGAUUUACAACCAGGACACUGUUUUGAGAGUUUCGGGUACUUUCCGUCCAGUUUUUCCGCAAUAGAAAGUAGGGAUAAUUGCCGACCCCUUUUCCACUUCAAAAGACUGACGUGAUAAUUAGGGAGCCAAGAUUAGCUGGAAUUCAGAACAAGAAUAAACUACGACUCCCAACAAGCCCGCGGAGGUGACUCGGGCGGGGGACAGCUCCCGCUUCGGGGCAGAGGUGACCCCGCGCGUCCGUGGCCAAGCAGGGACCCCCCCCCCCCAACCCGGGCCGCGCCUCUUUCCCGAUGCAUCCAGGGACUUGUAGUUCCCGUCGGGCGCCGGUGCGCCCGGGAGAUGGGGAGCGCGCGGAUCUUCUACUACAGGUCCCGUGAUGCCUCCGGGGCGCCGCCGCGCCUGCGUGCUGAGGCCACGGGGGAGUGCGGGCGGCGCGGGCAGCGGAGCAGUAAAGAUGGCUGCGCGCGGGUCUCCGCCCUCCGCUCCCGGCUGAGGUGCCUGGCGGCGGCUGCGGCGGCGGCCCGCAGCAGCGGCGGCGAUGGCGGAGAUGGAGCACCUGGGCGGGAAGCGGGCCGAGUCGGCGCGGGCACGGCGGGCCGAGCAGCUGCGGCGCUGGCGGGGCUCGCUGACAGAGCAGGAACCCGCCGACCGGCCGGGCGUGGGGCUGCCGCCGCAGGCUCAGCGCGGGGGCCCGCGGGUCCGCUUCGAGGACGGCGCCGUGUUCCUGGCCGCCUGCUCUAGCGCGGACACCGACGAGGUGAGGCGGCUCCUGGCCCGGGGCGCCGACGUGGACACGGCCAACGUGGACGGCCUGACCGCCCUGCACCAGCCCCCUGUGGAAAUGACACGCCCCGGAUCGGGCUGUAAUCUGUGGACUGCUUGUAUUGAUGAAAAUUUGGACAUGGUGAAGUUUCUGGUGGAGAACGGAGCCAGUGUAAACCAGCAGGACAACGAGGGCUGGACACCCCUCCACGCAGCAGCGUCCUGUGGCUACCUCAACAUAGCAGAGUAUUUCAUUAACCAUGGAGCCAGCGUGGGUGUUGUGAACAGUGAAGGAGAAGUCCCCUCUGACCUCGCAGAAGAGCCUGCCAUGAAGGAUCUUCUUCUGCAGCAAGUGAAGAAGCAAGGGGUCGAUCUCGAACAGUCGAGGAAGGCAGAGGAACAGCAGAUGCUGCAGGACGCCCGCCAGUGGCUCAACAGCGGGAAGAUACAGGAUGUGAGGCAGGCGCGCUCAGGGGCCACUGCCCUCCACGUGGCUGCCGCCAAGGGCUACUCUGAGGUCCUCAGACUUUUGACUCAGGCUGGCUAUGAGCUCAAUGUCCGGGACCGCGACGGCUGGACCCCGCUCCAUGCCGCCGCACACUGGGGGGUGAAGGAGGCGUGCUCCAUCCUGGCAGAAGCCCUCUGUGACAUGGACGUCAGGAGCAAACUGGGCCAGACACCAUUUGAUGUGGCUGACGAGGGCCUCGUGGAGCACCUGGAGAUGCUGCAGAAGAAGCAGAGCGUGCUUCGAAGUGAAAAAGAGACACGGAAUAAGCUCAUUGAGUCAGACCUGAACAGCAAGUUGCACGGUAGACUCUUUAAGAACAAAGAGAAGAUGCUCUAUGAGGAGGAGACACCGAAGCCCCAAGAAACGGAGGAUGAAAACAAAGAAUCCAGCAGCUCCAGCUCAGACGAGGACGAAGGUGCAGAUGAGGCUUCUGAGUCAGAAACCGAGAAGGAGGCGGGUGAUGCCGAGACCCUCUGUCCCCAGAGCACGGCGGGUCGCUGCUUGUCACAAGAUAAAAAGCUGGGAGCCAUCGUCAACCAUUCCGACUCUGAAAGCAAGAGUAGUGCCGCAGAGCCGACACCAGCGCCGGCGCAGAGCACCUCCUCCACCUCUUCAGCCAGGAGAUUCUCCGGCCUUUUCAACAAGCCGGAAGAGCCCAGAGAUGAGUCUCCAUCUUCGUGGAGGCUGGGCCUCAGGAAGACCGGCAGCCAGAACGUGCUGAGCGAGGCGGCCAGGUCCAGGGAGGCCCUGCGGGACCGGGGCGCGUCCAUCCACCGCUCGGCCUCCAGCCCCCGCAUCUCCGCUGUGCUGGACAACAGAGAAAAGGAGAGAGAAAACAGAAGCUGUCUCAGUUCACUGGGGCCGCGGAGGCUCAGCAGCGCCGGCGACCUGGAGGAGAAGGAGAACAGAGAGUCGGCUGCUCACCUGGUGCGGAGCGGCCCCCCUGCCCGCCAGCUGUGGAGGGACGCAGCGGAGGGGAGCGAAUCUCUGCAGACGGCCGCUCCUUCCACCUACGUGACAACCUACCUGAAGAGGCCUCCUCACAAAUCCCAGGCUGACUCCACAGCGGAGAGAACAGUAGACAGUGUGUCUUGCGGCACCCCGCUCUGUGUGAUCACGAAUCGCGCCCCACCUAGCACUGCCAAUGGGGUCACAGCUGCCGCUCUGCUCUCCACUCCUGGGACAGACUCCUCUGUGGAAGCCAGGGAGAGGAGGAGGUCAUAUCUGACUCCUGUACGGGAUGAGGAAGCAGAGUCGUUACGGAAAGCGCGCUCCAGACAAGCUCGGCAGACUCGAAGGUCUACCCAAGGUGUAACCCUGACGGAUCUCCAGGAAGCAGAAAGGACGUUCAGCCGGUCGAGGGCAGAGCGUCAGGCUCAGGAACAGCCCAGCCCGAAGCCCGUGGGCCCCAGAGGGCUUGAGGGCAGCGCCCAGAAGCAUGAGCCCCUAGCAGCCCCUGCAGAGGAAGCUGGGGAGAGCCGCCAGCCCUGGGACCGGAGCCUGGAGGAUCAGCCUGUGUAUCGUCGCCUGAGGUGUCCGGCUCAGCCAGACAAACCCACGACACCAGUGUCACCUCCUGCCCCGAGACCCUCCCUCUACACCAGUUCCUACCUGCUCCGGACGGGUAGGUCUUCAGCCCCUGAUUCAGAGAGUUCAGAGCCCCCCGCCAGCCCUGCAGGGGCAAAGGAAAUGGACAAAAACGAGGGCGAAGAAGCAGAUUUGGGUGAUCAGUCCUCUAACAGGCUGUCCAUUCGUGAGAGGAGGCGGCCCAAGGAGCGACGAAGAGGCACAGGCAUCAACUUCUGGACGAAGGAUGAAGAUGAAACUGAUGUCUCGGAAGAGGUGAAAGCAGCGUGGCAUGAACGACUUUCUAGGUUGGAACUGGGAGGCAGUGACGCCAGCAGCGAGCGGGCCUCGGCCAGAGCCCGCCGGGAGGCCCGCGAGGCCCGCCUGGCCACCCUGAGCAGCCGCGCGGGGGAGGACAGCAGCAGGGACUACAGAAAGCUCUACGAGAGCGCCCUGACCGAAAACCAGAAACUGAAGACAAAACUUCGGGAGGCCCAGCUCGAGCUGGCAGACGUGAAAUCCAAGCUUGAGAAGAUGGCCCAGCAGAAACAAGACAAGACGGCCGACCGGUCGUCGGUGCUGGAGAUGGAGAAGCGGGAGAGGCGAGCCUUGGAGCGGAAGAUGUCGGAGAUGGAGGAGGAGAUGAAGGUCCUGACGGAACUGAAAUCCGACAACCAGAGGCUGAAGGACGAGAACGGCGCCCUCAUCAGGGUCAUCAGCAAGCUGUCCAAGUAGACCAGGCGCUGGCUACCCGGGAAGGCGCCGGGCCCCGCCUCUCCCCCGCCGGCGCCCGCCAGCCAAGAGGAGCCAGAAGGACCUUUCUCUGGCCGUCGUCCAGUUGCCGCCUCUGCACCCUCAGUGUCCCCUCCUCCGGCCCCUGCCCCUGGGUUUCAGACAGUUCUCAUCGAAGCACGACUGCGAUCCCUCAACCGACAGAGCCGCCUGGUGGAGGUCUCGGGGUCACCAGGCCAGCCGUGGACCUGGCUGCCGGGCCGCUGGUCCACGUAGCGCUUGGUCCAGGCCCCAGCCCUGCUGCCACCGCCAUGCGCUGUGGCGUGGGACACACAAGGGGAGGCCUCUGGAGCUGCCGCCACUAGAUCCAAGUUGACAGUGACUCCACGUCGGGGUGCCUGCUUGUCCUCGCCUCUCAGGAACUGACUUUUCUCUAACUCCCGCCGGUGGUGGUGGAAUUUUUUCUACCAGCAACCCAGUGGCACCCUGACUGGUCUUAACGCCCGUUCCCUCCGUGUCUGGCCCUCUCCCCAGGGCUCGGGUGACCUGGCUUGCCCUUUCCCUGUCUGCCCUUUUACUUUCCUUCCUCCAUCCACCCCGCGGCACGUGCCCUGGGGGGUAGGCGCUGGGACAGAGCACCGACCCCAGCAGUGUGCCCGGGCAGCGGUACCGCCAGCCUCUCCCUGGCCAAGCUGGGCCGGGCUCAGCUCCCCCUCGUCCUCCCCACGCAGCGUUUCUCUACUAGAACCCCCGCCUGCCCCACCUCCCUUUGACCUCGUCUCCUCUCCUGAAGAGAAGUGGCGCUGCUCUGAGGAGGCGUGGGGGGCGUCUGAGGCCCCCACCCCUCAUGCCUUGUGCUGUGAGCGUGGUGGGCUUGAUGGCGUCGGGGGCGUGUUCAGGGGAGAGACGAUGGUUUGCUCAGAAGCCAGCAGGAGGAAUGAGUCUGGACUCGGAGUGGCGAGACCCGGUGGCCAAGGCUGUGUCCCAGGGACCCCACCCCGCGGUCAGGGAGCUUCUGGCGGCUGUGCCUUGAUCGCUCGAAAGCUGGGCAGCUUGGAUGAGAGUUGAGGUCUUCCUGAGGGUCCCCCUGUAACAUGACAGCCCUGCCAUACCUGCGGUUGGGGACCCCCAAGGUGCUGAUGCUCCCCUGGGCCUGGAAGUCAGUCCCCACGUGCCCUGCUUUUCCCACCUGCCCCGUCUUGGCUAUCCUUCUCUGGACGAAAACCUGGACAGGUGGCUCCCUUGGUCCAGCACAGAAUUAGGUCAUGAGUUCUUGAUGAUGCUCCAGUAUUAACACUUAAGUGUUUGCUUUUUGUAGGCGCUUUAUCCCUCGGCUGGUUUGAGUGUGCAGGUCACUUUGGGGUUGCCGGAGACAUUCAGUGUGUAGCGGUCCGUUCUCAACAUACGCUACCUCUGCCUGGUUUCUCUUUCUUUCCAGCCCCUUCCAUGGCCCUCAGAAAUGUCACACGCUCUUUAACCCAGAGCCAUGAUCAAGGUCCCAGUUCAGGAUAGGAGAUAUGUCUCCUGGGACAAAACGCCUUUCUCAGAGUUUGCAAACUCUUCCAUGUCCAGCCAUUUCCUGCGAGGAGCGACGCCUGGGGGGGGGGUUUGUGUCGUCAGGGCUGAAGGGGGGGGCGGGGGGGAUGCUGAGUCAGAGUGAAGUUUCAUAUCUUCCACUGUAGCGUUUCCUUUGUUCUGGGGGAGGGGACCGGGCACGAGGCCUUGGCCCUGACCCUGACCCUGACUCUCCGGCACACCCGGGGUGCUGGGCCAGGGCUGGCGUUAGCUGCCACCUCUUUCUCAGGAAAAGGGAACUGAAUUAUUAGGACGUCACCUGGACUCUCUUGCAUCAGGCAAAGGGGCCGCAGCACGCCCUUCGCUCCGUCUGUGCCUUUCGGGGGCGCGGGCGGCUCUCGGAACCCGGUCGGGCUGUGUCCCGCACCUCCCUCCAGCCCUUCGGUGUCAGGCCUCUCCACUCAGGAAGCCAGGCUCUGUGGCUGGAGCCUGUGGUGUGGACCAUCCUGUGAUCUCAGGCGCUCUCUCUUAUGCAACUAACUCUGUGAGACAGACUCUGAAUCUGGUCUCUUUCCAGGCUGUGCUGGUCCGUGAGGUGAUGGCCAGGGGCCUCCUCGCUGCCUCUGGGGUUCCGCCCUGUCACCGUGGUGCCUGGAUGGGUGGUCAGCGCUGGGGGGAGGGCCUCGUCGUCCUUGGCCAGCAGUUUUCUGGACAGGCCGCACCUCUGAGAGUGACAACCAGCCUCUGAGAGUCUCAGUCUCUGGCUGAAGCCUCACUGCUUCGCCCCCUUGUGCCUGAGGCCCCAGGCCUGGCCUUGGAAGGGUCUGAAGGAAGGAUGAGCCCUGGCCUGUCUCCUCGACCCACUUGCAGGGCGUUAGCUUCUCUGCCUCCCUGCCCUGAGCAAAUUGUGUGCAUGUUAGCGCCACUCGGGAUGAAAGGCGGCUGGAAUCCCACUUCUAAGCCUGUGGACCCCACCAAGGUGUGUGUGAACUGCCAGUGUGGAGAGGAGUAGCUCGUUUCCGUCUCCAGGUUUCUGGCCCUGGAGCAGGCCUCUCCCACCCAGACGGACACAGACAGAGGCCGGGGUGGCGGUGGGCGGGGUGGGCGCUGCUCCGGGGUGGGUGCUGCUCCGGGGUGGGCAUGAGGCAGCAGGAGCGGCGCAGAGGGGCUUCCCAGAUUCCAGGCCACUGUGUGCCUCCAAAGGGAAAACCUCGGGGACUCGGCAGCUGAGCCGGUAGGGAGGGGCCCCUGGUCCCACCCACUGGGUGAGCGUUGGCGUCCCGGCCUCCAGCACCGCCCCUGACUCUGGACGCGGCGGCCAGUGGUCAUAGGUGGUCCUGGCCCUGUCGGGGCCCAGUUAUAAGUACAGAGCGUGGUCUCCGUUACUGAGUUUUAAGGCAGGUUUCAGCACCUCGGAGGGAGUCUGCUGACCUUGUAGGAAGGCAGCUGUGGCGGCAGAACGAGGCCGCUGAAAGGACCGGGCGUCGGGGCCCGGGGCCAGCGCCUGUCCUGACCAGCCGUGCAGCCGUCUGUGAGAGGGGGCUGGGCCGGUGGUCCUCAGGACCCGUUCUUGGCUUGAGAGUCUGUGAUUUGUUGAUUCCUAGGGAGACCAGAACAUUUCUCACUCAGAGUUUUUGCUCUAACUUCAAAAAUUCUUUUCUUCUCAUUUAAAUUGUUUAAGUGUGUGUCAAGGUGGGAAAGUGAAUUCAGUAUGGAGGGUAGUGGCCGUCCUUCCUGAUGGCCUGGUGAGAAUAUGCAAACCCGCGGGGGUGGAAACACGGCCUCUGGAUGAGUGGUUCUCACGGGAGGGGCCCGGCUCCUGGCGUCCAGACAGCAGACACGCUGUGUUUCUCCCCACCGGCCACUCAGUCUCAGCUCUGCCUUAAGCACCAGAGGGCCUUCCUCGAGGAAACCCCAACCUUUAGUUUUGUGGGGCCAUCAGAUCCGGACCUGGGCUGUUGCGAGCCGAGGUCCCUCCCCUGAGCAGGACUGCAGGGAGUUUACACCAAAGGCUGCAGGACCGAGCAGCCCCCGGGGAGGAGGGGCAGGGCCAGGGUCUGGGGCCCGCGUCCCUCAGCCUCCAGCCAAGCCGAAGCUUUGCUCAGCCUCCCGGAUGGGUAUGUAGACUCUAUCAAGGAUGGCCACGGAUCGCUUGUGCUCUGAUUAGAUUGGGCAGUAGAUCAGCUUCAUUGCGGCCCCGGGAACCGUCAUUGUCACGGCUGCUUGGGAGUGAGGUGGGCUCGGGGGCCGAGAAGAACCAAAUAGAGAAUCUGGACUGGCUGGUGGUUGCGUAGCAGGCGAUGCAGCCCCUCGCGUGAGGGUCGUGGUCGGGCAUCGGGUUGAGGAGGGGUCCUGGGAGGCCCUCCUGGGGAAGUACGUCUAGAGACAAGACACUGCUGAGGGUUGCUCUGGUCCUACCUCAGGAGGUUUCGAGCUUUGGGGAUCACUCUUGCUUCUAGUCUGUGCGCACACACGUGUUUGCUACAUGGAGAUUUCAAAAUGCAGUCUCAUCACCCAGUUUCAUCCAAAUGUGUUGUUAUGUUAACUCAUAUCUUUUGCUUCCCCCCUCCAUUCCCCAGAGGGCUUCUCUCUGAGCUGCUCCAAUUAAUCUGCUUCUCAUUUUGGACUGGGAAUCUGCCAGUUACCUUUUCUGUUACUUCUCCAGAUUUUCCCCUAAUGCUCCCAGUAAACUUUUCCUGGGUGGCCCUUUAAGGUGACCUCAGGAUGCUUCUGUCCUUGCAAAAUAAACACACCUUUCGUCCUCCCACCUACUCUCAUCUUCCUCCACAUUAAUUUUUUGCUUUUCUCACUUGGAGCUGAUGGUGCUUUAGAGGAGAGAUUGUCGACGAAUCAGCCCCGACCCUUCCGGUUGCAAAGCUGACUGGCUGUGCCACUUGCCCCUCGGAGGUGAGGUUUGGCCCUAGCCUGGGCGGGGCCCAUGGGCAGCCUGGCCUCGUCUGCGCAGCUAGAGACUGAGUGAGUCCUCAGGAGGGCAGCGGGCAGUGUCGGUGCGUCUGGGACGGUGGCUCAUCUGCUGUUGCCUUGCCAGGAGCAGGUUCAGGGAAGGCAGGGCCCCGGGAGCCUUGUGAAACCUCGAUGGUCUCACAGAAGCAGGACUCGGGGUGUGGGCAGGUUCUGGACGUGGGGUGCUAGGCUGGCCUCUGAGCCUGACCUGCGUCUUCUCUCCACAGCGCGCUCUUCUGGGGAGGGGGCCCGGAGGGAAAGACGAGGGGCUCAAGCCAAGACAGCAGGAGGUGGGCCGCAGGGGUGGGGGUCCCCUUGCACCCCUGAAAGGCUGGGGCUGCCGUCAGGCUGGCACCCAGGUGGGGGAGGGCGAGACUGUGUCCCCAUGGCCCGCCGUGGGGGACUCUGACUCAGGCCGCAGCGCCGUGGGCCCCCCUCAUCCCCCUCCGUUCCCUCUGCCUCGGUCUUGAUCAGUCAGUGGAAAGAGCUGUGAGACCCUCCCUGGGGUAUCCACACCCCCACUCCAGGGGUAGCGUUUUGUCUCUGAUCACCUUACCCCCACCUGACUUCCCCUCCAAGAAAGCACCAGAUGGACCGUUUUAUAACUUGGCUCCGUUGUAAAUACACGUGGUGGGGAUGGGGGUUUAGGGAGGGACCCAGAUGCGCUUUGUGAGCUGAAUGUAUUUUUAUGCAAUUUUGAGUGGCCUUUCAACUCUGAGAUGAAUGAUUUUGUUUUACUGGUUGUUAUUAUAUAGUAUUAUUAAGUAUUCUGUGUUUGAAAGUUUGGGAAUAAUAAUAUUCACAUCUACAUGAUGCCUGUAAACACAACAGUAUUUAUAAAUAAGUAAAUUAAAUUGUGUUUUAACUUUG